GGAAGAUGCGGCGCACGUUACAUUUGAUUAAGGCAUCUGCGACAGAGUCAGUGGAGUUGGCUUCGUACCGGUUGUAUGAUGUAGCAGCAAAUUGGUACGAGUCUUGGGAGUUAGCCAGAGGCGUUGGUGCUCCCCCAGCAGUCUGGGAUGAGUUUUCUGAGGCUUUUCUUAGCCAUUUUCUGCCUCCGGAGUUACGGCGGGCCAGGGCUGACAGAUUCUUAUUGCUUAGACAGAGGGGCUGCAGUGUUCGAGAGUACAGUAUGGAGUUCGACUCAUUGGCCCGAUAUGCACCUGCUGUGGUAGCUACUAUGGCUGACAGGAUGCACAGGUAUAUUAUGGGGCUGGACCGUUAUUUUGUCGACAGUUGCUUGGUAUUGGCCGCUCAGCCCGAUAUGGAUAUUGCCCGGAUUCAGGCGCACGCUCAGGGCAUGGAGGACCGGCACAGGGGUCAUCAGCCCGAUAGGAGUCAGGAUCGAAGACAGCCCAAGAGGGCCAGAUCAUCUGGGUAUUUUGAGGAAUUUCGGAGUGGGCAGCCUCAGCAGCAGCAGCAGUCUAGCAGGCAUUCUUCCCAGCCAGCACAGAGCACACCUCCGCAGUUCUCAGGCAGGAGAUUUGAUAGCCCAGGGUAUUUAGGAGCAGGCCAGAGCUCCGGGGUUUCAGGUUCGCGGGUAGACAGGAGUUCCGGUCAGACGAGGCCACCCAGGCCUCAGUGUUCUUAUUGUGGGAGAUACCACCCUGGAGAGUGCUACCGUGCUACAGGUGCUUGUUAUUCUUGUGGCCGUCAGGGCCAUACUGUGAGAGAGUGUCCGUAUAAGGGUAAUUUGGGAGGUGCAGCGCAGCCUACCGGAUCAGUCGCUGGGUCAUCGUCUCCUUCGAUAGCCAUGCGCCCUGCGGGGCAGGGUACGUCGACAUCAGCAGGCCGCGGCAGAGGUAGUGGCGGGGCUCCCAGUUCAAGCGGUCCUUCGAACCGCAUCUAUGCCUUGACUAGUCGACAGGACCCGGAGGCGCUACCAAACGCGGAUACAGAUUUUGGGCGAAACGGGAAUUGAAUUUGGAAAGGCGUAAAGAGCAUAUAAGGUACCGACGACAGGUUUGCUGAUCCGUCCGCUUAGGAUCUUAUUCUGCUAUUUUGGAGCGCUCCUUUAUCCGGAGCCUAUAUUUUGGUACAAUCUUCUGCUAUUGUAUAUAUGUACGCUAUUCAGGGGUACGACGGGGCCCUGUCCCAUCUUAUGAUUCUGUUAUGUUCUGUAGAGGUCUGUAGACAGACUUGUGUGGGUUCUGUAUAUGUUUUGGGUUGUUAUGAUCGGUGAUGGCCUUAUCGGCCUCUACGUGCAAAAUCUGUUCAUCUGUGAUAUUUAGUAGCGCCAACUAACCUUUAUAUUAAUAUAUUUUGAUAA